GUCAUGACUUUGUUCUACUCCAAGAAGUCGCAGCGGCCCGAACGGAAGACCUUCCAGGUCAAGCUGGAGACGCGGCAGAUCACGUGGAGCCGUGGCGCCGACAAGAUUGAAGGGGCCAUUGACAUUCGUGAAAUCAAGGAGAUCCGCCCAGGGAAGACCUCACGAGACUUCGAUCGCUAUCAAGAGGACCCUGCUUUCCGACCGGACCAGUCACACUGCUUUGUCAUCCUGUAUGGAAUGGAAUUCCGCCUGAAGACCCUGAGCCUGCAAGCUACAUCUGAGGAUGAAGUGAACAUGUGGAUCAAGGGCUUGACUUGGCUGAUGGAGGAUACAUUGCAGGCAGCUACACCCCUGCAGAUUGAGAGGUGGCUGCGGAAACAGUUCUACUCGGUGGAUCGGAAUCGUGAGGAUCGUAUAUCAGCCAAGGACCUGAAGAACAUGCUGUCCCAGGUCAACUACCGAGUCCCCAACAUGCGUUUCCUCCGAGAGCGGCUGACGGACCUGGAGCAGCGCAGCAGUGACAUCACCUAUGGGCAGUUUGCUCAGCUGUACCGCAGCCUCAUGUACAGCGCCCAGAAGACGAUGGACCUCCCCUUCUUGGAAGCCAGUGCCCUGAGGGUGGGGGAGCGGCCAGAGCUCUGCCGAGUGUCUCUUCCUGAGUUCCAGCAGUUCCUCCUGGAGUACCAGGGGGAGCUAUGGGCUGUCGACCGGCUCCAAGUACAGGAGUUCAUGCUCAGCUUCCUCCGAGACCCCUUGCGAGAGAUUGAGGAGCCCUACUUCUGCCUGGAUGAGUUUGUCACCUUCCUGUUCUCCAAAGAGAACAGUGUGUGGAACUCACAGCUGGAUGCGGUGUGCCCGGACACCAUGCACAACCCUCUCUCCCACUACUGGAUCUCCUCCUCGCACAAUACGUACCUGACCGGGGACCAGUUCUCCAGCGAGUCCUCCCUGGAAGCCUAUGCUCGCUGCCUGCGGAUGGGCUGUCGCUGCAUCGAAUUGGACUGCUGGGACGGCCCAGAUGGGAUGCCAGUCAUUUACCAUGGACACACGCUGACCACCAAGAUCAAGUUCUCCGAUGUCCUGCACACCAUCAAGGAGCACGCCUUUGUGGCCUCAGAGUACCCAGUCAUCCUGUCUAUCGAGGACCACUGCAGCAUUGCCCAGCAGAGGAACAUGGCCCAGUACUUCAAGAAGGUGCUUGGGGACACACUCCUCACCAAGCCCGUGGACAUCGCUGCCGACGGGCUCCCUUCACCCAGCCAGCUGAAGAGAAAGAUCCUUAUCAAGCACAAGAAGCUGGCUGAGGGCAGUGCCUACGAGGAGGUGCCUACGUCUGUCAUGUACUCUGAGAAUGACAUCAGCAACUCCAUCAAGAAUGGCAUCCUCUACCUAGAGGACCCCGUGAACCAUGAGUGGUAUCCCCAUUACUUCGUUCUGACCAGCAGCAAGAUCUACUACUCUGAGGAGACCAGCAGUGACCAAGGCAACGAGGAUGAGGAAGAGCCCAAGGAGGCCAGUAGCAGCACAGAGCUGCACUCCAACGAGAAGUGGUUCCACGGGAAGCUCGGGGCAGGACGGGACGGGCGGCACAUCGCCGAGCGCCUGCUCACCGAGUACUGCAUUGAGACCGGGGCCCCUGAUGGCUCCUUCCUGGUGCGCGAGAGCGAGACCUUCGUGGGCGACUACACCCUCUCGUUCUGGCGGAACGGGAAGGUCCAACACUGCCGGAUCCACUCCCGGCAAGACGCUGGGACCCCCAAGUUCUUCCUGACAGACAACCUCGUCUUCGACUCACUCUACGACCUCAUCACGCACUACCAGCAGGUGCCCCUGCGCUGCAACGAAUUCGAGAUGCGCCUGUCGGAGCCUGUGCCACAGACCAAUGCCCACGAGAGCAAGGAGUGGUACCAUGCAAGCCUGACCAGAGCACAGGCUGAGCACAUGCUGAUGCGUGUCCCCCGCGAUGGCGCCUUCCUGGUGCGGAAACGGAAUGAGCCCAACUCCUACGCCAUCUCCUUCCGGGCUGAGGGCAAGAUCAAGCACUGCCGUGUCCAGCAGGAGGGCCAGACAGUGAUGCUGGGUAACUCAGAGUUCGACAGCCUCGUCGACCUCAUCAGCUACUAUGAGAAGCACCCGCUGUACCGCAAGAUGAAGCUGCGCUACCCCAUCAAUGAGGAGGCGCUGGAGAAGAUUGGCACAGCUGAGCCGGACUAUGGGGCCCUGUACGAGGGACGUAACCCUGGCUUCUACGUGGAGGCAAACCCGAUGCCGACCUUCAAGUGUGCGGUCAAAGCCCUCUUUGACUACAAGGCCCAGAGAGAGGAUGAGCUGACUUUCACCAAGAGCGCCAUCAUCCAGAACGUGGAGAAGCAGGAGGGAGGCUGGUGGCGGGGAGACUAUGGUGGGAAGAAGCAGCUAUGGUUCCCGUCAAACUACGUGGAAGAGAUGGUCAGCCCGGCGGCCCUGGAGCCUGAGAGGGAGCACUUGGACGAGAACAGCCCCUUGGGGGACUUACUGCGGGGGGUCUUGGAUGUUCCAGCUUGUCAGAUUGCCAUCCGUCCCGAGGGCAAGAACAAUCGACUGUUCGUCUUCUCAAUCAGUAUGGCAUCAGCGCAGUGGUCCCUGGAUGUCGCUGCUGACUCACAAGAGGAGCUGCAGGACUGGGUGAAAAAGAUCCGUGAAGUGGCUCAGACCGCAGAUGCCAGGCUCACUGAGGGGAAGAUGAUGGAACGGAGGAAGAAGAUCGCCCUGGAGCUGUCUGAGCUUGUCGUCUACUGCCGGCCUGUUCCUUUUGAUGAAGAGAAGAUUGGCACAGAACGCGCCUGCUACCGCGACAUGUCAUCCUUCCCGGAAACCAAGGCUGAGAAAUACGUGAACAAGGCCAAAGGCAAGAAGUUCCUCCAGUACAACCGGCUGCAGCUGUCCCGCAUCUACCCCAAAGGCCAGCGGCUGGACUCUUCCAACUAUGAUCCCUUGCCCAUGUGGAUCUGUGGCAGUCAGCUGGUGGCCCUCAACUUCCAGACCCCAGACAAGCCUAUGCAGAUGAACCAGGCCCUCUUCAUGACCGGUGGGCACUGUGGCUAUGUGCUGCAGCCCGGCACCAUGCGGGACGAGGCCUUUGACCCCUUUGAUAAGAGCAGCCUCCGCGGGCUGGAGCCAUGCGCCAUCUGCAUCGAGGUUCUGGGCGCCCGGCAUCUGCCGAAGAAUGGCCGGGGCAUUGUGUGUCCCUUUGUGGAGAUUGAGGUGGCUGGAGCUGAGUAUGACAGCACCAAGCAGAAGACAGAGUUUGUGGGUGAGCCUUCCUUCACCCCGUCUCCUCAUCCUCCCAGAGAUACCGAGGCAUCAGAGCUCCGCUCCCGCAGACCCCUUCGCACCAUGACCCCAUCUUCUCCAGGCGGUGGCCUGAGGCUUUUUCCCCUUGCUUUCACAGUGGACAAUGGCUUGAACCCCAUGUGGCCGGCCAAGCCCUUCCACUUCCAGAUCAGUAACCCUGAAUUCGCCUUCCUGCGCUUUGUGGUAUAUGAAGAAGACAUGUUUAGUGAUCAGAACUUCCUGGCUCAGGCUACUUUCCCAGUGAAAGGCCUAAAGACAGGGUACAGAGCGGUCCCUUUGAAGAACAACUACAGCGAGGACCUGGAGUUGGCCUCCCUGCUGGUCAAGAUCGACAUUUUCCCUGCCAAGCAGGAGAACGGCGACCUCAGUCCCUUCGGUGGUAUGUCCCUGCGGGAGCGGAGCUCUGAUGCCUCAGGCCAGCUGUUUCAUGGCCGGGCCCGCGAAGGCUCCUUUGAAGCCCGCUACCAGCAGCCAUUUGAGGAUUUUCGCAUCUCCCAGGAGCAUCUUGCGGACCACUUUGACAGUCGGGAACGAAGGGCCCCACGGAGGACUCGGGUCAAUGGAGACAACCGCCUCUAGUUGUGCCCCAGCCAAGUUGAGAGCAGCAGGUGCUGCACACCUCGUGGAAUGCCGUGAACUGGGUUCUUUGGAAGCAGCCUGCCACGGCAGCCUUCCUGGUCUCGCAGCCUGGAGCCUAGAUUCCAGCAGUGAAUGCGAGACAAAAACCAAGCCAUUGAUGUAUUACUGUGUGGGGCUUCCACACCCCAGCCUGGGUGAAGGCAAAAACUACUGUCUCGCAUUAAGCACACACACCUGGCCCCAACUUCUGGGGUGGAUCCUUCCAUCUUGUGGGGCCAGGACCAUGGCUGCAGCCCCUUGGGGAGAGAGGCUGCCUCAGCCAGCAGCACAGGAGGCUCUGAGGAGCCGCCAACAUUCCCGAGUGGAGGAGCAGCCUUGCUGGGCCAAGGAAACAAAGUUUACAUUGUCCUGCAGCUUUAAAACCACAGAUGGGCAAGGUGGGAGGGUAGCAGCCCCCGCAGUUUGGUCCCAGAGCCGGGUGGAGAAGCACAGGGCCUGCCUAGAGAGGCGCUCUGCCUGCCCGAGAACAAGGACACAGCACAAGGGCACAUCGCCCAUGGCUGGGCACCGUACCCAGCCUGAAAGAUACAGGGGAUUACAUUUAAAAUAGCAGUAUUGGGCAUCACAGGCCACAUAGAGGGUUGCCCUGUGAGGAACCAGUGGAAGAAGCUGAGGCCCAGGACACUAUUUUCAUGACCAAGGACAGGGGCAACGGCAAAGUAUCCUAGAGCCAUAGCAGCACCUCUAGGCCAUGGAAGGACAAGGACCCAGAGCUGGGCAUGUUACACCACUGUGGGCCAUGCCACCUGCCACUGCUCAUGGUGGGGCCCUGGAUAUGAGCCUGGAGGACCUGCUCACCUGGGCAGACAAGUUUGUGGACAUGCUACACGAUGCGUCAUCAGCAAGGGUGUGCCACCAAGAUGCGGCAGGUCACAGAGGGAUCGACAGACCAGAGGCCUUCGUCAGGAUGAUCGGUGCCAGUGUGACCAGAAUGGACUGCAAGUUACCGAGCUGGGGAUUUUGCCCAGUAUAUUCAGGAAACUCCUGCACACAAAUCACAUGCCCUCCUCAACAAGGCACCCUCCAGCGGUCCCGCAGACCAGCUACAACCCCAUCCUGUUUUGGUCUGAAGACCCCUUUCCCCAUUGCAGCGGAAGACCUGGGAUCUGAAUCUGCCAGGUGACACCACGAGAGGACACCUGAGAAUAUCUCAAGUCUUAAAUCAGCUGAAAAUCCUAUUACUAGACAUACAUGAUGUUGGAGUUUAGAAUUUUAAAGUUUAUUUUUUGCACACACUAUUUCUCACUAUCUUCCUUAUUUCACGUAGGAUGUAGGAUUUUCUAUGUCUUCCAUCUCUAACCUGAAAGCUGCUUGGUGAGGGGAUCGGGGAAGCAAAAUGAAAGAACUCGUCUGUGCACUGUGGCAGAACUGUUAUUUUUUAGGAUUUUACAGCUCAGCUAACAGUGUUACCUUUUCAAGAUUUAUAUAUACUCUUAAGAAAAACCACUGAGCCGUUAAAGCCUUGUUAUUAUUCGGUCCUAAUAGUGAUUCAGUUUUCUAUAGCUUUUAGGGUAGAUGGUAAAUUAUUUAACAUCAUGUUAAACUUUCCAUAUCAUGAGUCGUAAACUGAUGGAAAUCAUACAGUUUCUGAGGAAAUACACCAGUUUAUUUAAACUAAUUCUGAACUUGUAUUUGAAAGUAUGACCUCACAGUCUUAAUUUGUCCAUAGCAAACAUGUUUAUAUGUGGCUGCCAACGUUUGGUUUAUAAUUUAAAUAUUAAAAACUUUAAAUUUUA